CUCUGCCCGGCUAGAGUCACGGAGUAGUUGUCGCGGGGCCUCGAACAGCUCGCGGUCGUCGGUAGAUUCGUGUUCGCGCGCGCGCGCGACGUCGCCUCCCCCGCGCGAUUGUUCCGCGAAAUCGUCGGUGCGUCAUCUCAUCGACCACUCCCGGCCAGCAUCGCGGUCUCCCGACGUCGACGACGACGGCAGAGAGUGCGGGUGGCACGCAUCGUCGCUCGAUCACCGAGGGAUCCCCGAUGUCGCGCGUCGUCGCGGACGUGGCAGCAGCGCUCGGGCUAUAGACCCGUUUGAGAUCGACUCUCUCUUUCUCUCUCCCCUGCCGUCCCUCUUUCUCCUUCUCAUCUCUCUCUCUCUCUCUCUCCCUCGCUUCCUUUCAUGGCGAACGGCGCGUUCUCCGUGAUCGCGGACUCGCGGAUUCUCUUUGUGCGGAGUCGCUCGCAACCACGUCGCGGCAGCCGUCACGAUGGGCAAGGAUAAACGCCCGCUGGCCGCGACGCGACCUCGUUAGCACGGACGAAACGUUACUCGAGUCAGCGCGGCGCAGAUCAACGUUCCCGCGAGCUCCCCGUGCCCGAUGCCGCGCUCGUAAGCUGCGAUCCGAACGUUUGCGACGGGACAUUUGCCGCCUCGAGAUAGAAGCCCGGUCACUAUAGAAACCUAGAGGUUCAGCCGCAACGUGCACACAAUGGAUUCGGAGGAGGAGACGCUCUACGACGACGUCGACUCCGGUAACGAGUCGAGCGGCGACGACGUCGACUUCGCCAUGGAAAUCGAGUCCGGUAAUCCGCGGGAGCGGUCGACCGACGUCGACGAGUACCCCUUCGAGGUGCUGUCCACGGAGGAGAUUGUCCAGCACAUGGUCGACUCCAUAAAGGAGGUCAACACCGUUGUCGAAAUACCAGCCACCACCACGCGUAUUUUGUUAAAUCACUUCAAGUGGGACAAAGAGAAGCUGAUGGAACGGUUUUACGAUGGCGACCAGGAGAAGCUGUUUGCCGAGGCGCGCGUCAUUAAUCCAUUCAGGAAGGGUCCGCUGAUAAGUAGGAGUCGGUCGUCGCAAAGCUCACUGGUAAACCCUAAAAGACCGACAAACGGAACGGAGGAAUGUGGAAUCUGUUUUAUGAUCUUGCCGUCUUCAAUGAUGACUGGACUGGAAUGCGGACAUCGUUUCUGUACCGGUUGCUGGGGAGAAUACUUGACUACCAAAAUCAUGGAAGAGGGAGUUGGACAAACAAUAGCGUGCGCCGCUCACGCUUGUGACAUUUUAGUCGACGAUGCCAGUGUUAUGCGGCUUGUCAAAGAUUCCAAAGUUAAAUUAAAAUAUCAACACUUAAUCACCAAUAGCUUCGUCGAAUGCAACAGGCUACUGAGAUGGUGUCCUUCCCCCGAUUGCAAUAAUGCUAUUAAGGUACAGUACGUGGAGCCGAAACCGGUUACUUGUAAAUGUGGACAUAUCUUCUGUUUCCACUGUGGCGAAAACUGGCAUGAUCCUGUAAAGUGUCACCUACUCCGCAAGUGGAUCAAAAAGUGCGACGACGACUCCGAAACGUCAAACUGGAUCGCAGCUAAUACGAAGGAGUGUCCCAAGUGUAACGUUACCAUCGAAAAAGAUGGCGGAUGCAACCAUAUGGUUUGCAAGAAUCAGAAUUGUAAAACUGAAUUCUGUUGGGUAUGUCUUGGGCCUUGGGAGCCGCAUGGUUCUAGCUGGUACAAUUGUAACCGUUACGACGAAGAGGAGGCUAAAGUAGCUAGGGAUGCGCAAGAGAAGUCGAGAUCAGCUUUACAGAGAUAUUUAUUUUACUGCAAUAGAUACAUGAAUCACAUGCAAUCGCUGAAGUUUGAAAGUAAAUUGUAUGCCAGUGUGAAGGAGAAAAUGGAAGAAAUGCAGCAGCAUAAUAUGUCGUGGAUUGAGGUGCAAUUUUUAAAGAAGGCAGUUGACAUUUUGUGUUCCUGUAGACAGACUCUCAUGUACACUUAUGUUUUUGCUUAUUACGUGAAAAAGAACAAUCAGUCUGUGAUUUUUGAGGAUAACCAAAAGGAUUUGGAAAGCGCCACGGAAUGUCUCUCUGAAUAUCUUGAAAGGGAUAUCACGAGCGAAAACCUUGCAGACAUUAAACAAAAGGUUCAGGAUAAAUAUAGAUACUGCGAUAGUCGGAGAAAAGUGCUUUUGGAACAUGUCCACGAAGGGUACGAGAAGGAAUGGUGGGAUUACAAGGAAUAGAGGAGUUUUGCUAGUUUUAUUUCUCGGGGUGACACAAGUCCUCUUCCUUCCCACCUCUGCCCCAGCUGUGAUAAACCAAGAAUGAAGUUAACAAGAAGACGGAAUGGAGCAUGUCACAAAGUGAUAAACGUGUUAUAUGCACUUUAUACAUAAUAUGCUCUGUGGCAACGUAUAAUGUCGUUUAUGAUUAAUAUUGAACUCAAAUUAUUAAAAUUCAAUUCCGAUCACAAACAAGAUUGGACAAUAUCUUGAUUUGCGCUUGCUGUGUGUUGUACAUCAUUGUAGAUUCUUGGAUCCUUGAUAAAAAAAAAUACCCCAUUGUUUUAGGUAAUUGUAAGAAAGGUUAUAUUCAUUAAGACGAGCAAGAUGUGUCAUUUUUCGCAACUUGGCGUGUUGCGAUGUAUGACUUGGCUAAAACUUUGCUAUUUUAUUUAGCAUAUUUUAUCGACAUUAGUCGAAUUGAAAGCUUUCGAAUCCUGAGAAUUUAUUUUCUUCCCCUUAAUUUUAAGGCUAGCUGUUUAAAAUAAGUCAGGUACAGUUCAAAUAAAUCAUCCCAACUGUUUUAGUCUAUUUUGGACCACAAUACGUCCAGGCUACAACUGCCAAUGUUUAAAAAACACUAAAUUACCUACAUGCGUAUCGUCAGUGCUAUGUAUUUAUACUUAAUGGUUGAAAUUUUUUAAUCCUUUUUGUAUACCAUUUCAGAAACUAUUUUAAGUACGUAUCAUAUCACUGUUUUUUCUUAUGUAUAUUUUGUCUUUUUUCAAAGGUAAAUUAUAUAUAAUAUCAGUUAGUUGCUUCUACAGAGUGACAUUGUGCAGAUAAAGGGGGCCAAGUUUGUGAUAUCUUUCACAUGUAUCAUAAUCCAUCUCUGCAUGUAAAAGUAGAACACACUACAAUUGUAAACUUGCAAGAAAAAAAAGUCAUAUUUUUGCCAUUAUUCAUUUCGUGAUCUUAUGUGUUUAAAAAGAAUUAUACGUUUGUAUGAAUGUAUAUCUUUAUAUUGCAUGUAUUGCAUGUUAUGUUUCGAUUUUAAACAUGGAUAUAUUGUGACAAAAAAUUGAAAGAACAUGUUCUCGUACACACGUAACGACUUUUUAAAUACUUUAUUUAUAUAUAGUAACACAAAUUCAUAAUUAAUAAAGAUAUUGAUAAGAUCAAUUUCAGGUAAAUUUUUCAUCUUUGUUGAAAUUAUCUUUAUUGUCUCGCUAUCAUUCUUUUGUCAUCAUUGUCCCUCGUUUCUUUUAUUCAAUCUUAUUGGAUAUCUAUUCGCAUAACGCUGACGAUAUGUUUUGUUAGCUAACUAAUUGAAGGUUGACUACAAAUAAAAUAACCACUUAUAAUUGUCAAUAAUAAAUAAAGUGGCAAACGAAAUGAGUUUUCCGUUUGUACAGUUAAUAUAGUAUAUAUAUAUCCACACACAUACACACACACACACACACACACACACAGAGAGAUGCAUAAUACAUACAAUUAAAACAUAGUAAUAUCGAUAAUAGCAAAGUAGAGAAUUUUGAAGAUUUAUUAAACCGAAAUUGUUGAUUCUUGCUAUUAUGCACAUUAGAAUCUGAAAUAAAAGUUGAGACGCAGUUGUUUUCUGUACAGUCGCAAAAUUUGAUUAGAUGUAAGAAAAUUGUUAGAUAUACUCGCCAAAAUCUCUCAUUUAGUUUGUGAUUUUAUAAUCUAGAUUACCAUUCGAUUCAUAAGCUUUAAUGACGUAUUAAUGAAUGAUGAUGCUGUAUAAAAAUAAAACUGAAUGUCCAAAA